UCAUUAUGGUUCUAAGGUGUGGAAAGCGUCAGGUAUAUAGCAAAGCAAAUGUUUUGAGGGUUUCUCUGUUGACCGUUUGCGCGCUGCAACUUUGGGUGACAGCAAUACUACCUAGGGAGGCGAGUCGAGAGUCGAAAGUCGUCUGAGUCAAUUGGUCCAUCUUUGCGCAGGUCGCAGGGUUAUCUCGUAUUUCUUUUUAUCUGGAAUUCUUGCUCCCACAAAUACCAUAAGGUAGUCUCGGACCAGUGAUAAAUUUUGACGAGUACUUGAAGCGACUGUUGGUUCGUCGACCUCUGAAAAGAGGUUACUCCUAUCCUGCCUCGACCGGUGAUAGUCCCACUUUAUUGCGUAAAGCAUACAUGUACAGCAGCUGACAAUCUCCAGUGGCGUGACAAGAAAUCAGAACCGGGCGUAUAUCUGCCCCUCACGAGAAUCUGCACACAUGUCAGCACCAUCUGCCAUCACGACUGCAGAUUUUAGAGAGCUGAAGGGCCAGGUUAGGGUUCCUCCGCCCACAUAGGGACAGAUAUGGUGGUAGAUCAGCCACACUCUCCGGAGACCGAGCUUCGACGGAGUAUCGUGAGUCUGCCUGAAGGGAAUUCCUCCACCGACAUUGAGGCGGACAGCCUACCACAAGCGAAGUUUUUCCUGAAUGAGCAAGUCCUCGUCGUGCUGUGCAGUUAGGCGAGGUUCGUGAACCGCCAGUUGGGAAGGCCGCCCGCGUGUCAGGAUACGCUGGAUGAGGUACUUACGUGGCCGACAAUAAAGGCACGAUGGAA